AUGGGAACAGGUGGUCCUCGGAAUCAGCUGCGAAGGCUGUUAGUCCCCAUCUGUGGCAGGCGGUGGUGCGAACGGACAGAGACCAUCCUGGGGGAGGAGGAAGUAACCCCCCGUCAGGAGGACCUGGUGCCCUGCACCAGUCUCUACCAUUAUCAGCGCCAGGGCUGGCAGCUGGACCUGACCUGGAGUGGCCGUGCGGGGCUCUGUCCCAUCUACAAGCCCCCAGAAACCCAGCCUGCUGCCUGGAACCGGACGGUGAGGGCAUGCUGCCCAGGCUGGGGGGGCCCCCACUGCAACCUGGCCCUUGCAGAAGCCAGCCCUGAGGGCCACUGCUUUGCUACAUGGCUGUGUCAACCACAGGCAGGCUCAGCUAAUGCUUCUGCUGGAAGCCUGAAGGAGUGCUGUGCUCAGCCUUGGGGACACAGCUGGCGGGAUGGCCACUCCCAGGCCUGCCACAGCUGCUCCAGCCAACAACUCCCAGGAAACACACCCUCUCCAGCCCUCCUGCAGCCCCUGGCAGGGGCCGUGGCCCAGCUCUUGAGCCAGCGCCAGCGUCUCUCGGCCACCUGCUCCACCUGGUCUGGCUUCCACUAUCGCACCUUUGACGGACGCCACUACCACUUCCUGGGCCGCUGCACCUACCUGCUGGCUGGCGCAGCUGAUUCCACCUGGGCUGUCUACCUAGAGCCCAGGGGGCAUUGCCCCCCGCAUGGGCACUGUCAGUUGGCCCGGGUGGUGAUGGGACCAGAGGAGGUGCUGAUCCAGGGUGGAAAUGUCUCUGUGAAUGGGCAGCUGGUACCUGAGGGCGAGUCUUGGCUGCUCCCCGGGCUGAGCCUGCAGUGGCAAGGGGACUGGCUGGUGCUGUCGGGGGGCCUGGGGGUCGUUGUGAGGCUGGACAGGUCCAGUUCUGUCUCUAUUUCCGUGGACCAUGAGCUCCAGGGACAGACUCAAGGCCUCUGUGGGGUCUACAACGACCGGCCUGAGGAUGACUUCUUGGAGCCGGGGAGGGGACUGGCUGGGUUAGCUGCCACCUUUGGGAAUUCCUGGAGGCUCCCAGACUCAGAGCCUGGGUGUCCAGAUGCAGUGGAGGCAGCCCAGGGCUGUGAGGACCCCCUGAGGAGCCCAGAGGCAGGCAUGGAGCCUGGCCAGCUUCGGGCUGAAGCCCAGGAUGUGUGCCACCAGCUGCUGGACGGUCCAUUCAGGGAAUGCCAUGCCCAGGUCCCCCCAGCUGAGUACCACGAGGCCUGCCUCUUUGCCUACUGUGCUGGGGCCCCAGCGGGCAGUGGGCGAGAGGAGCGGCUGGAGGCCGUGUGCGCCACCUUGGCCAGCUACGCCCAGGACUGUGCGGCGCGGCGCGUCCGCGUGCGCUGGAGGAAGCCCGGCUUCUGCGAGCGCCUGUGCCCGGGCGGCCAGCUGUACUCGGACUGCGCCUCGGCCUGCCCGCCCAGCUGUUCGGCAGUGGGCGAGGGAGGCGAGGUGUACUGCGGGGAACAGUGCGUGAGCGGCUGUGAGUGCCCGCCGGGCCUCUUCUGGGACGGCGCCCUGUGUGUGCCGGCCGCGCGCUGCCCCUGCUACCACCGACGCCGGCGCUAUGACCCCGGCGACACCGUGCGCCAGCUGUGCAACCCGUGCGUGUGCCAGAACGGCCGCUGGCUCUGCGCGCAGGCGCCGUGCCCCGCCGAGUGCGCGGUGGGCGGGGACGGGCAUUACCUCACCUUCGAUGGGCGGAGCUUCUCCUUCCGCGGAAGCCCAGGUUGCCGCUCCAGCCUGGUGCAGGACUUUGCGAAGAAGCAGCUGUUGAUCAUCCUGGAGCACGGGGACUGCGAGUCUGGGAGCUGCCUCCAUGCCAUCUCUGUCUCCCUGGGGGACACCCGCAUCCAGCUCAGAGACUCAGGAGCAGUACUGGUUGACGGGCAGGAUGUGGUUUUGCCCUGGAGUGGUGCCCAGGGCCUCAGCAUCUCCCAGGCCUCUUCCACCUUCCUGCUGCUGCGCUGGCCUGGGGCCCGUGUCCUCUGGGGAGUGUUCGAUCCUGCAGCCUACAUCACCCUGGACCCCCGCUAUGCCCACCAGGUGCAGGGUCUGUGCGGCACCUUCACCUGGAACCAGCAGGAUGACUUUCUGACACCUGCUGGUGACGUGGAGACCAGUAUUGCUGCCUUUGCUAGCAAGUUCCAGGUGGCAGGCAAGGGAAGGUGCCCCUUGGAGGACAGCACCCCACUCUCCCCCUGCAGCACCCACUCUCAGCGCCACAUUUUUGCAGAGGCUACUUGUGCCAUCCUGCACGGCCCAGACUUCCAGGAGUGCCACGGGCUGGUGGAGAGGGAGCCGUUCCACUUGCGCUGCCUAGCGGCUGUGUGUGGCUGUGCCCCCGGCAGGGACUGCCUGUGUCCCGUGCUCGCUGCCUAUGCUCGGCACUGUGCCCAGGAGGGUGCCCUGCUUUCCUGGAGAAACCAGAUGCUCUGCCCUGUCCUGUGUCCUGGUGGCCAGGAGUACCAGGAGUGUGCCCCAGCGUGUGGUCAGAACUGCGGGGAGCCGGAACACUGUGCGGAGCUAGGUGGCUGUGUGGCCGGUUGUAACUGCCCCUUGGGACUGCUAUGGGACCCUGAGGGCCAGUGUGUGCCCCCCAGCUUGUGCUCUUGCCAGCAUGGGGCCCAACGCUAUGCCCCUGGCAGUGCCACCCUGAAAGACUGCAACCGCUGUGUCUGCCAGGAGAGGGGCCUCUGGAAUUGCACUGCUCAUGGCUGUGCCCCUCCACGGGCAUUCUGCCCUGGUGAGCUUGUCUAUGCCCCCGGUGCCUGCCUCCUCACCUGUGACAGCGCUGGUGCCAACCGCUCCUGCCCCCCAGGCAGCGUGGGAGAAUGUGUCUGUCCCCCAGGCACCGUGCUGCUGGACAAGCACUGUGUGCCUCCUGAGCUGUGUCCCUGCCGUCACAGUGGGCAGUGGUACCCACCCAAUGCCACAAUCCAGGAGGACUGCAACACUUGCGUGUGCCAGGGCCAGCAGUGGCACUGCACAGGCCAGCGGUGUGAUGGACGGUGCCAGGCAUCAGGUGCCCCCCACUAUGUGACAUUUGAUGGGCUGGCCCUCACCUUCCCUGGGGCCUGCGAGUAUCUGCUGGUGCAGGAGGCCAGUGGUCGGUUCACAGUCUCGGCCCAGAACCUGCCCUGCGGGGCCAGCGGCCUCACCUGCACCAAGGCGCUGACCGUGCGACUGCAGGGCACCGUUGUGCACAUGCUCAGAGGCCGGGCAGUGACAGUGAAUGGAGUGAGUGUAACGCCCCCCAGGGUCUACACGGGCCCCGGGCUGAGCCUGCGCCGAGCUGGCCUCUUCCUGCUGCUCACCACCCGCCUGGGCCUCACCCUGCUCUGGGAUGGAGGCACUCGGGUCCUGGUGCAGCUGUCCCCCCAGUUCCGUGGCCAGGUGGCUGGGCUGUGUGGAGACUUUGAUGGAGAUGCCAGUAAUGACCUCCGGAGCCGCCAGGGAGUCCUGGAGCCCACAGCUGAACUGGCUGCCCACUCCUGGCGCCUCAAUCCUCUCUGCCCGGAGCCAGGGGACCUGCUGCACCCCUGCACCGUGAACGCCCACCGGGCUGGCUGGGCCCGUGCCCGCUGCGGGGUGAUGCUGCAGCCACUCUUUGCCCAGUGCCAUGCGGAGGUGCCCCCACAGCGGCACUACGAGUGGUGUGUGUAUGACACCUGCGGCUGUGAUUCAGGGGGUGACUGUGAGUGUCUCUGCUCGGCCAUCGCCACCUACGCAGAUGAGUGUGCCCGGCAUGGAGUUCACGUGCGCUGGCGCAGCCAGGAACUCUGCCCUCUGCAGUGUGAAGGGGGCCAGGUGUACGAGGCCUGUGGGCCCACGUGUCCCCCCUCCUGCCACGACCACAGUUCUGAGCCUGGGUGGCACUGCCAGGCCAUUGCCUGUGUGGAGGGAUGUUUCUGCCCUGAGGGGACUCUGCUGCACGGUGGAGUCUGCUUGGAGCCGGCUUCCUGCCCCUGUGAGUUGGGGGACAGCUUCUUCCCACCAGGGACUGUGCUGCAGAAGGACUGUGGGAACUGCACCUGCCAGGAAAGUCAGUGGCUCUGUGGGGAUGAUGGUGCCCACUGCGAGGCGCUGGUGCCUGGCUGUGCGGACGGAGAGGCCCCGUGCCAGGAGAGCGGGCACUGUGUGCCCUCGGGGUGGCUUUGUGACAACCAGGAUGACUGUGGCGACGGCUCAGAUGAGGAGGGCUGUGCCACCCCAGGCUGCACGGAGGGACAGAUGUCUUGUGGCUCUGGCCACUGCCUGCCCCUGGCCCUGCGCUGCGAUGGGCAGGACGACUGUGAAGACGGGACGGAUGAGCAGGGCUGCCCCUGCCCCCAGGGCUCGCUGGCCUGUGCUAAUGGGCACUGCCUUACCCCCGCCCUGCUCUGUGAUGGGCACCCCGAUUGUCCAGAUGCUGCCGAUGAGGAGUCCUGUCUGGGGCAAGUGAACUGUACCCCUCUGGAGGUGUCCUGUGUCGACGGUACCUGCGUGGGGGCCAUCCAGCUGUGUGAUGGAGUCUGGGACUGCCCUGAUGGAGCGGACGAGGGGCCUGGGCACUGCCCCCUCCCCUCUCUGCCCACUCCCCCUGCUGGUACCUUGCCCGGCCUUUCUGUGUCCCAGGAGACUCUACCGACUUCCCUGGCCAGUGCCACCCCUGCGCCGCCCUGCGGCCCCUUGGACUUCGAGUGCGGCAGCGGCGAGUGCGCCCCGCGGGGCUGGCGCUGCGACCGCGAGGAGGACUGCGCCGACGGCAGCGACGAGCGCGGCUGCGGCUGGCCCUGCGCGCCGCACCUCGCGCCCUGCGCCCGCGGCCCGCACUGCGUGGCCCCCGCGCAGCUGUGCGACGGCGUCCCGCACUGCCCCGACGGCUCGGACGAGGACCCCGGAGCCUGCGAGGGGCUGCCAGCCCCAGGAGGCCCCAACAGGACAGGAGCUCCCUGCCCAGAAUACACCUGCCCAGAUGGCCUCUGCAUCGAUUUCCAGCUGGUGUGCGACGGGCAGCCCCACUGUGAAUUGGCGGGGGAGGCAGGGCCCUCCCCGGAAGAGCAGGGCUGUGGAACCUGGGGCCCUUGGAGCCCAUGGGAGCCAUGCAGCCAGACGUGUGGGCCUGGGGUUCAGGGCAGGAGCCGCCACUGCUCCCCUCCCAGUCUCCCGGUGCUGCAGCACUGCCCUGGCCCCGAGCACCAGACUCAGGCCUGCUUCCCUGCCGCCUGCCCAGUGGAUGGUGAAUGGACCUCCUGGUCUCCCUGGUCCCCAUGCUCGGAGCCAUGCAAGGGCACCACGACCCGGCAGCGGCGGUGCCACCCACCCCAGAACGGGGGCCGGGCCUGCGCCAUACUGCCCAGGGACCCUCACGGCACUCACCAGACCAGGCCCUGCUCUCAGGAUGGCUGCCCCAAUGUCACUUGCUCCGGGGAACUGGUGUUCCAUCCUUGUGCCCCCUGCCCUUUGACUUGCGAUGACAUUUCUGGUCAGGCCGUGUGCCCCCGUGACCUGCCCUGCAGCAGCCCGGGCUGCUGGUGCCCCACAGGCCAGGUGCUGAACCACGAGGGGCAGUGUGUGUGGCCCCGGCAGUGCCCCUGCCUGGUGGACGGCACGCGCUACUGGCCUGGACAGCGCAUCAAGGCCGACUGCCAGCUCUGUAUCUGCCAAGAUGGGCAGCCCCGGCGCUGCCGGCCCCAUCCAGACUGUGCAGUGAACUGUGGCUGGUCCUCCUGGUCCCCCUGGGCUGAGUGCCUGGGCCCCUGUGGGAGCCAGAGCAUCCAGUGGUCCUUCCGGAGCCCCAAUAACCCCCGCCUCUCUGGCAGAGGUCGCCAAUGCCGGGGCAUCCACCGCAAGGCCCGCAGGUGCCAGACAGCGCCGUGUGAGGGCUGUGAGCAGCAUGGCCGGGUCCACAGUGCGGGGGAGCGCUGGCGCGGGGGCCCCUGCAGGGUCUGCCAGUGUCUGCACAACGGCACGGCACGAUGCUCCCCCUACUGCCCACUGGGCAGCUGCCCCCAGGACUGGGUUCUGGUGGAGGGGAUGGGAGAGCCCUGUUGUGGCUGUGUCCUGCCUGGAGAGAACAAGACGGUCCACCCCACGGCCACUCCUGCCCCCGCUCCAGCCCUCAGUCCCCAGAUCGGACUCCCUCUGAUCACCUACAUUCUACCUCCCCCUGGAGACCCCUGCUAUUCUCCCCUGGAACUGACCCGACUCCCCGAGGGGAGCCUGCAUGCUUCACCGCCGCAGCCGGAUCACCCUGCCUGGGCUGCCCCGCCAAGGCCUCCCAGCGGGGGGCCCGGCCAGUGGAUCCAGGGCCCUGUAGACAACGCUUACACUCAACAGCAUACCCGGCCCCCCUACCUGCAGCUGGACCUGCUGCAGCCCCGGAACCUCACUGGCAUCGUAGUGCAGGGGCCUGGGUCCUCAGACCUGCUCCAGUUCAGCAGUGAUGGUCUACACUGGCACAACUAUCGUGACCUCCUGCCUGGAACUCAGCCCCCACCCAAGCUUUUCCCUGGAAACUGGGAUGAAAUGGCUCCCACAGUGUGGACGUUUGGCCAGAUGGUGCAAGCUCAGCACAUCCGGGUGUGGCCCCCAGAGGUCCAUCAUGGUGCUGCCCCUCUUCGUGAUACCAACCACAGCGUCCCCCUGAGGGUGGUGCUGCUGGGCUGCGAGUCAGCGGCCCCGUGUCCAGGGGUUGGGCACCGCUGUGCCAGUGGUGAGUGUACCCCAAAGGGGGCCCCAUGUGAUGGGGUGGAAGACUGCGAGGAUGGCUCCGACGAGGAGGGCUGUGUGCCCCAGCCUGGCACUGGCAGAGUCCAGUCCACAGCCAGGACCCUGGUCCCCUCCUCCACCCAGCCUGGACAGCUGCCCCCCCAGCCCAGGGAGGGUCUGGCAGAGCCCGAGGCUGAGCGCUGGCGUCCCGGGCUGGGGUCGCCCACGCCCUCUACAGGGAAGGGGCCACUGAGUCCUGUGUCCACACCUCGCCCAAGUCCUGGGGAAUCUGUGGAGACCGUGAUCGCCACCCCCACGUCCCAGCCUGAGGCCAAGGCCCUGAGACCAGAGAUGGCAGCCGUGACAGUGCUCCCCCAACACCCAACGAUGCCUGUGGCCCCUGCUGGACAGAACAUCACCCUGGGGCCCUUCCCACCCGUGCGGUGCAGCCCAGGCCAGGUCCCCUGCGAGGUGCUGGGCUGCAUGGAGCAGGAGCAGCUGUGUGAUGGGAAAGAGGACUGUCUGGAUGGCUCCGAUGAGAGGCUCUGCGCACGGGCAGCGAGCACUGCGCCCUUCGCGGUGCCCACCACGGCCCUGCCUGGGCUGCCGGCCUCCAGAGCGCUCUGCUCCCCGAGCCAGCUGAGCUGCGGCAGUGGCGAGUGCCUGCCGGCCAAGCAGCGCUGUGACCUGCAGCACGACUGCCAGGACGGCUCCGAUGAGGAUGGCUGUGUGGACUGUGGGCUGGCACCCUGGUCUGGCUGGAGCGGCUGCAGCCAUACCUGUGGCCUCGGCCUCGCCUUCCAGCGCCGGGAGCUGCUGCGGCCUCCCCUGCCCGGGGGCAGCUGCCCGCCUGACCGGCUCCGCAGCCAGCCCUGCUUUGUGCAGGCCUGUCCAGUGGCUGGGGCGUGGGCUGUGUGGGAGGCCUGGGGUCCCUGUAGCGUCUCUUGUGGGGGUGGCCAUCGGAGUCGCCGGAGGAGCUGUGUGGACCCUCCGCCCAAGAAUGGUGGUGCGCCCUGCCCUGGGGCCUCCCAAGAGAGGGCACCUUGCGGCUUGCAGCCCUGCGCAGGUGGUACAGACUGUGGGCUGGGCCGCGUGCAUGUUAGUGCUGAGCUGUGCCAGAAGGGGCUGGUGCCCCCGUGCCCACCCUCCUGCCUGGAUCCCGAGGCCAACAGAAGCUGCAGCGGACACUGUCUGGAGGGAUGCCGCUGCCCUCCUGGGCUCGUCCUCCAGGACGCCCGCUGCCUGCCCCUCUCCGAGUGCCCCUGCCUCGUGGGUGAAGAGCUGCAGCAGCCGGGGGUGCCCUUCACCCUGGACAACUGCAGCCGAUGCGUGUGUGAGAAGGGGGCUCUUCUGUGUGAACCAGGGGGCUGCCCCGUGCCCUGCGGCUGGUCAGCCUGGUCCUCCUGGGGUCCCUGCGACCGCUCCUGUGGCUCUGGCAUGAGGGCCAGGUUCAGGUCUCCCUCCAACCCUCCGGCCGCUUUCGGGGGUGCCCCUUGUGAAGGUGAAAGGCAGGAGCUGCAGACCUGCCACUCGGAGUGCAGGGCAGAGGCCCUGGGCUGGACGCCCUGGGAACCCUGGUCUGCCUGCUCCCAAAGCUGCCUGGUCCCUGGAGGGGGCCCGGGCUGGCGCAGCCGUUCCCGGCUCUGCCCCAGCCCCAGGGACACAUCCUGCCCAGGGGAGUCCACCCAGGAGGAGCCCUGCAGCCUCCCCGUGUGCCCAGUGCCGAGCCUCUGGGCUCCAUGGGCCGCCUGGUCCUCCUGCUCAGCCCCCUGUGAUGGAGGCAUCCAGAUACGUGGGCGCAGCUGUUCUGCCUCGGCUCCUGGGGACCCUGGGUGCCAAGGACCCCACAGCCAGACCAGGGACUGCAACACACAGCCCUGCACAGCCCAGUGCCCAGGGGACAUGGUGUUCCGCUCAGCAGAGCAGUGCCACCAGGAGGGGGGCCCGUGCCCUCAGCUGUGUCUGGCACAGGGCCCUGGGGUGGAGUGCACCGGCUUCUGCACCCCUGGCUGCUCCUGCCCCCCUGGCCUCUUCCUGCACAACACCAGCUGCCUGCCCCUCAGUCAGUGCCCCUGCCAGCUGCAUGGGCAGCUCUAUGCACCAGGAUCAGUGACCCAGCUGGACUCCUGCAACAACUGCACCUGUACCUCUGGUGAGAUGGUGUGCACCUCGGAGCCCUGCCCAGUGGCCUGCGGCUGGAGCCCCUGGACCCCGUGGAGUCUCUGCAGCCGCAGCUGCAACGUGGGUGUUCGGCGGCGCUUCCGGGCGGGCACUGCGCCCCCUGCUGCCUUCGGGGGCGCUGCGUGCCAGGGCCCCAGCAUGGAGGCUGAAUUCUGCAGUCUGAGGCCGUGUCGAGGUCCUGGGGAGGAGUGGGGCCCCUGGUCUCUGUGCUCUGUGCCCUGUGGCGGUGGCUACCGGAAUCGCACCCGAGGGAGUGGCCGGAACAGCCCCGUGGACUUCUCCACCUGUGGCCUGCAGCCCUGUGCAGGGCCAGUGCCUGGUGUGUGUCCCCCAGGCAAGCAGUGGCUGGACUGUGCCCAGGGCCCUGCCUCCUGUGCAGAGCUUAGCACCCCGAGAGGGACUGACCAGCCCUGCCACCCUGGCUGCUACUGCCCGUCUGGGACACUUCUGCUGAACAAUGUGUGUGUGCCCACCCAGGACUGCCCCUGUGCCCACGGGGGGCGCCUCCACCCCCCGGGCAGUGCUGUGCUUCAUUCCUGUGAGAACUGCUCCUGUGUCUCUGGGCUCAUUACCAACUGCACCUCCUGGCCCUGUGAGGAGGGUCAGCCCACGUGGUCACCCUGGACCCCAUGGAGCGAGUGCUCGGCCUCCUGUGGCCCUGCCCGACGCCACCGACACCGCUUCUGCACCAGGCCCCCCAGUGUGGCACCAUCCAGUGGGGCACUGCUGCCCCCACCGGCCUCGGCGCCACCUCUUUGCCCAGGCCCUGAGGCAGAGGAGGAGCCCUGCCUCCUGCCGGGGUGUGACCGAGCUGGGGGCUGGGGCCCUUGGGGGCCCUGGUCUAGCUGUAGCCGGAGCUGUGGGGGAGGCCUGCGGAGCCGGACCCGGGCCUGUGACCAGCCCCCACCCCAGGGCCUGGGGGAUUACUGCGAGGGGCCUCAGGCCCAGGGGGCGGCCUGCCAGGCUCUGCCCUGCCCAGUGACAAACUGCACUGCCAUCCAAGGGGCCGAAUACAGCACCUGUGGCCCUCCCUGUCCUCGCUCCUGUGAUGACCUUGUGCACUGCGUUUGGCACUGCCAGCCCGGCUGUUACUGCCCCCCGGGCCAGGUGCUGAGUGCCGAUGGCGCCGUCUGCGUGCAGCCCAGCCACUGCACCUGCCUGGACCUGCUCACUGGGGAGCGGCACCGUCCGGGUGCUCAGCUGGCAAGGCCCGACGGCUGCAACUACUGCACCUGCUGGGAAGGGAGGCUGACCUGCACAGAGCUGCCUUGCCCAGUGCCUGGCAGCUGGUGCCCGUGGUCAGAGUGGACAGAGUGCUCCCUGCCCUGCCGGGGCCAGACGAGGACCCGCGCCAGAGCCUGCACCUGCCCGGCUCCUCAACACGGAGGGGCCCCGUGCCCCGGGGAGGCAGGGGAGGCGGGGGCUCAGCAUCAGAGGGAGACCUGUGCCAGCCCUCCUGAGUGCCCAGUGGAUGGAGCCUGGAGCCCAUGGGGACCAUGGUCUCCCUGUGACGUGUGCCUGGGGCAGUCCCAUCGGAGUCGAGAGUGUAGCUGGCCCCCCACCCCUGAGGGAGGCCGGCCCUGCCCUGGGGGCCACAGGCAGACUCGGCCCUGCCAGGGAAAUUCCUCUCAAUGCACGGACUGUGUAGGUGGCCAGGGCCUUCUCCCCUGUGGGUGGCCCUGUCUCCGCUCCUGCCAGGACCUGUCCCUCGGGGUCGUGUGCCAGCCAGGCUCAAUGGGCUGCCAGCCCAGCUGUGGGUGCCCCCCCGGCCAGCUGUCCCAGGACGGCCUUUGUGUGUCCCCUGCACAAUGCCGCUGCCAGUUCCAGCCUGGAGCCAUGGGGAUCCCUGAGAACCAGAGCCGGUCAGCAGGGUCUAGGCUCAGCUCCUGGGAGAGCCUGGAACCCGGGGAGGUGGUGACGGGGCCAUGUGACAACUGCACCUGUGUAGCGGGCAUCCUGCAGUGCCAGGAGGUGCCCGACUGCCCAGGCCCCGGGGCGUGGAGCUCCUGGGGCCCCUGGGAGGACUGCAGCGUCUCCUGUGGGGGAGGGGAGCAGCUGCGCUCCCGGCGCUGUGCCCGGCCCCCCUGCCCCGGGCCUGCCCGCCAGAGCCGCACCUGCCACACCCAGGUCUGCCGAGAGGCAGGCUGCCCGGCCGGGCGUCUGUACCGGGAGUGCUGGCCCGGCGAGGAGUGCCCCUUCUCCUGCACCCACGUCACUCGGCAGGUGGGCUGCUUCUCCGAGGGCUGCGAGGAAGGCUGUCACUGCCCUGAGGGCACCUUCCAGCACCGCUUGGCCUGUGUCCAGGAGUGCCCCUGUGUGCUGACAGCCGCGCUGCUACAGGAGCUGGGAGCUGCCAGCACUGACCCUGGGGCCCACCCACCCAUUCUGGGAGAGGGUGGUCAGCCCCUUGGGCCUGGAGAUGAGUUGGGCUCAGGUCAGAGCCUCCAUACAGGCUGCAGCAACUGCUCCUGUGUGCAUGGGAAGCUGUCCUGUUUCGUCGGGAACUGCUCCCAGGCUGAUGGUGGCUUUGGUCCCUGGGGUCCCUGGGGCCCCUGGGGCCCAUGCUCCCGCUCCUGUGGCGGGCUGGGCACCCGCACCCGCCACCGCCAGUGCGCGCACCCCACGCUCACUCCCGGUGGCCAGGGCUGCCACGGGCCCCACCAGGACCUCGAGUACUGCCCCAGCCCGGACUGCCCAGGAGCUGCAGGGUCCACGGUGGAGCCAGUGACAGGCCUUCCAGGCGGCUGGGGCCUGUGGUCCCCGUGGUCCCCCUGCUCCGGCAGCUGCACAGACCCUGCUCACCCUGCUUGGCGCAGCCGCACCCGCCUCUGCCUGGCGAACUGCACCAGGGGGCUCACUUCCCAGGAGCGCCCCUGCAACCUGCCCUCUUGCACAGAGCUGCCCCUGUGCCCUGGCUGCGUGGCUGGGAACUGCUCCUGGACCCCCUGGGCCCCGUGGGAACCUUGCUCCCGCAGCUGCGGGGUGGGCCAGCAGCGCCGCCUGCGGGCAUACCACCCCCCAGGGCCCGGCGGCCACUGGUGCCCCGACAUCCUUACCGCCUACCAGGAGCACCGCUUCUGCAACCUGCGUGCUUGCCCAGUGCCCGGAGGCUGGUCACGCUGGAGCCCCUGGUCCUGGUGUGACCGGAGCUGUGGAGGAGGGCGAUCGCUGAGGAGCCGCAGCUGCUCGAGCCCCCCACCCAAGAACGGGGGUGCCCCCUGUGUCGGGGAGAGGCACCAUGCUCGGCUCUGCAAUCCCAUGCCCUGUGAGGAGGGCUGUCCAGCAGGCAUGGAGGUGGUCAGCUGCGCCAACCGCUGCCCCCGCCGCUGCUCAGACCUCCAGGAGGGGAUCGUGUGUCAGGACGGCCAGGCCUGCCAGCUGGGCUGCCGCUGCUCGGAGGGCUUCCUGGAGCAGGACGGCGGCUGUGUGCGAAAGGGGCACUGCGAGUGCACAGACGCCCAGGGCCGCACCUGGGCCCCGGGGAGCCAGCACCAGGAGGCCUGCAACAACUGCACGUGCCGGGCCGGGCGGCUCUCCUGCACGGCUCAGCCCUGCCCGCCUCCUGCCCACUGCGCCUGGAGCCGCUGGUCAGCCUGGAGUCGCUGCAGCCACUCGUGUGGGCCCGCGGGGCAGCAGAGCCGCUUCCGGUCUUCCACGUCGGGCUCGUGGGCCCCCGAGUGUCGGGAAGAGCAGUCCCAGAGCCAGCCCUGCCCUCAGCCUCCGUGCCCACCCCUGUGCCUUCACGGUUCCCUCUCCCGACUCCUGGGGGACAGCUGGCAGCAGGGCGAGUGCCAGCAGUGCUCCUGCACCCCGGAGGGCGUCGCCUGUGAAGACACCGAGUGUGCAGUGCCUGGGGCCUGGACCCCGUGGUCCCCCUGGUCCGACUGCCCUGUCUCCUGUGGAGGUGGAAACCAGGUCCGCACGCGGGUCUGCGUGGCUUCAGUCCCUCGCCCAGAGGGGCCCUCCUGCCUGGGCCCGGACACCCAGCCCCAGCCCUGCGGGCAGCAGCCUUGCCUGAAGCUGCUGGAUGCCUGCUCCUGGGGCUCAUGGGGGCCCUGCUCCCGCAGCUGUGGCCCAGGCCUGGCCUCCCGCUCUGGGUCCUGCCCCUGCCCACUGGCCGACCCCACCUGCAAUGGUACCUUCCUUCACCUGGACACCCAGGCCUGCUACCCAGGAGCCUGCCUGGAGGAGUGUGUGUGGAGCAGCUGGAGCAGCUGGACACAAUGCUCAUGCCAGGUGCCGGUCCAGCAGCGCUACCGACACCAGGGACCAGUGCCCAGAGGGGCCAGGGAGAGCGCCCCCUGCACACGACUGGACGGCCACUUCCGGCCUUGCCUCACCGGCAACUGCUCUGAGGACAGCUGCACACCUCCCUUUGAGUUCCAGGCCUGUGGCUCCCCCUGCACUGGGCUCUGUGCCACACACCUGAGCCAUCAGCUCUGCCAGGACCUGCCACCCUGCCAGCCUGGCUGCUACUGCCCCAAGGGGCUGCUGGAGCAGGCUGGUAGCUGUGUUCCUCCAGAGCAGUGUAACUGCCAGCACAUCUCAGGAGAAGAGGCUGGGGUGACCCUGGCCCCUGGGGACCACUUGCAGCUGGGCUGCAAAGAGUGUGAAUGCCAGCGUGGGGAGCUGCAAUGCACCAGCCAGGGAUGUCGAGGUCUUCUGCCUCUGAGCGGCUGGUCAGAGUGGUCACCCUGUGGGCCCUGCCUGCCCCCCGGCAUGCUGGCGCCUGCCUCCAGGACUGCCCUAGAGGAGCGCUGGCCCCAGGACCCAGCGGGCCUCCUCCCAACCUCGGCCCCCACGCUGGCUUCGGAGCAGCACCGCCACCGCCUCUGCUUGGACCCUGAGACGGGGAGGCCAUGGGCUGGGGAUCCAGACCUCUGCACUGUGCCACUCAGCCAGCAACGCCUGUGCCCAGACCCUGGAGCCUGCCUAGACUUAUGCCGGUGGAGUUCUUGGGGGCCCUGGAGCCGCUGCCAGAUGCCCUGCAGUGGGGGGUUCCGACUGCGCUGGAGAGAAGCUGGGGGUCCUCCUGGAGGGGGCUGCCGGGGGCCAUGGGCUCAGACAGAGAGUUGCAACAUGGGGCCUUGCCCAGGAGAAAGCUGUGAGGCCCGGAACACCGUGCCCACCCCUGACUGUGCCAACCAGUGUCCUAGAAGCUGUGUCGACCUCUGGGACCACGUGCAGUGUCUGCAGGGACCGUGCCGCCCAGGCUGCCGCUGUCCCCCUGGCCAACUGAUACAGGACGGGCACUGUGUGCCAAUGUCUUCUUGCCGCUGUGGCCUCCCCAGCCCCAACGCUUCAUGGGUGCUGGCUCCGGCCGAGAUGGUGCAGCUGGACUGCAGAAACUGCACCUGUGUCAAUGGGUCCCUGGUGUGCCCCCGUCAUGAGUGCCCAGCCCUCGGGCCUUGGUCAGCCUGGAGCAACUGCUCUGCUCCCUGUGGUGGGGGCACCACCAAGCGGCAUCGGAGCUGCAAGGAGGGUCCCAGCAGUGCGUCGUGCCAGGCCCAGGACACGGAGCAGCAGCAGGAAUGUAACCUGCGGCCCUGCCCUGAGUGCCCACCUGGCCAGUUGCUCAGCACCUGUGCCACCUCGUGCCCACGCCUCUGCUCGCACCUGCAGCCUGGCACCCUCUGCGCGCAGGAACCCUGCCAGCUGGGCUGUGACUGCCCUGGAGGGCAGCUGCUUCACAAUGGCACGUGUGUGCCCCCCGCCGCCUGCCCCUGCACCCAGCUCUCUCUGCCCUGGGGCCUCACCCUGACUCUCGAAGAGCAGGCCCGGGAGCUGCCCCCAGGGACUGUACUCACCCAAAACUGCAGCCGCUGUGUCUGCCAAGAUGGGGCCUUCAGCUGCUCCCUCGCUGACUGUCAGGAGUGCCCCCCCGGGGAAAUGUGGCAGCAGCAGUUGGCCCCCGGGGAGCUGGGGCUCUGCGAGCAGACGUGCCGGGAGCCCGACGCCACAGAGACUCAGGGCAACUGCAGUGCGGGGCAGGUCCCAGGCUGCGUGUGCCAGCGGGGGCACUUCCGUAGCCAGGCGGGUCCCUGCGUGCCCUGGGACCGUUGCGAGUGCUGGCAUCACGGGCAUGCCCACCCGCCUGGAUCCGAGUGGCAGGAGGCCUGUGAGAGCUGCCGCUGCAUCAGUGGGAGGAGUGUCUGCACCCAGCACUGCCCCCUCCUCACCUGUGCCCAGGGCGAGGUGGCUGUGCAGGAGCCAGGGAGCUGCUGUCCCACUUGUCGCCAGGAGACUCCGGAGGAGCAGCCUGCCUCCUGCCGGCACCUCACCGAGCUUCGCAACCUCACCAAGGGCCCCUGCUACCUGGACCAGGUGGAAGUGACCUACUGCAGUGGGCACUGCCCGUCCAGCACCAACGUCCUGCUUGAGGAGCCGUACCUGCAGAGCCAGUGCGACUGUUGCAGCUACCGCCUGGACCCCGAUAACCCCGUGCGGAUCCUGAACCUUCACUGCCCCGGCGGCCGCACAGAGCUGGUGGUGCUGCCGGUCAUCCACAGCUGCCAGUGCAGCGAGUGCCAGGGAGGUGAUUUCUCAAAGCGCUGAUGGCUCCACUGGAUGAGGCCCCGCUGCUCCUCACGUGAUCACUUAUCUCAGCAGCACUGACCCCUCCUCCCAUGCCCAGCCAUCCUCUCCAUGCCCUGGCUCCAGCAUAUUCCAAAUAAAGUGACAUU